AAUGACUAAACUAGUCCAAGGCGGGGUCUUUCGCGCGAUAUCGAUCGAUCUUUCCGAGUGAGUAUGCGAUACAUACUUGCGUCAAGGGAAUCCUCGGGGAGAGGGAGAAGGUAAUUCCGAUGCGAAAUUGUCGCGUAUUCGCGAUCGAUGGAUGCUCGUUGUCGUCAACGUACUUCAGUGAACGCUCGCCGCGGCGAUCGUCGUGGGAGCUGAUUACUUCGAUCGCCGACGAGUACGAUGACGCGUACAUGUCAAAAUGCAACGUUUUUUAAUUAAUGAAACGAGGAAGAUAAAACGUGGGGAGGUUCUGCAAGAGUUUACAUAUGCCAAUGGGGCAAUCGGUUGAGGUUCAUAGUACAGAGUACCGUGACCUCCGUGACAUUCGGCGGUUCUCAAUCGCGAUCGCCGUUUGGCACGAGGGAUUACUUUUGUUCUCUCCGAUCGUCAGCUGCGUCGUAUUACGCUUUCUGCAUUAAAAAUAUAUGUAGACAAAUUGAUCUCUCGCAUUUGAAACUUUUGUUUGUUAGAAGAAAAAUAAUCAGUUUUAUAUUAUAAAUUAUUUUUGUAUAUUAAUAAGUAUGAAUAUCAAAUGUAAUCUUUGCAGUAUAGCGUUUUUGGUGAACAUUAAUUCUUAUAACUUUUCUUUGCGUUGAUCUAUAAAUAAUCGAAAUCUUUACUUGAUAUUAUUAAUCAUCAAAGACGAUUCUGUAUCUAAGCAUAUACUAUAUAAUAUUGCAUCUAAAAAGAUGACAAUGAAGAAACGAUUAAAGCGGAAGAACAGCAGAUCAGUUAUAAAUUCGCGAAUCUGCCAUUUUUAAAAGAAUAUUUCGUUAAAAUUUCAAAUUCUCUUCGAGAAUCACUGAUUUGGGACGAUUGACAGUCAUGUGACUGCGGAUGAGGCAAACAUAAAAACAAACAUGCGCAGGCGCACUUUUAUGACGGUUUGCUCGUUCGAAGCUGUUUUCGAAAGACCGUCUAGUGACACGGUGGAAGUCGCUUCGUCGUUUUACGCUUGUGAUAUUCAACUGGAUAUUAUUUAAUAAGAGCCGCAACCGAAACCUGAUACUAGCAGAUUCAUAUAUUCGCGCGGCAACUUCACUCCGGACGACCGUCCUGGACGAUUCCCAGGUGGCGCGGCACUUGGAUCGAACUCCACUUCGUCCCGGCAACCCGGCAUCGUCGGCUCGGACGUGCGUGCUCCUGCCUUCUCUUCACCCCUUUCCCUUUCCUCUUGCGGCUGUUUAACAAUCGUCGCCGCUUGUAGAAUCGACGUGAGUGUGAGCGCGAUUUCGUGUUCUUUCUGCCUUUCGUGGAUUCGCGUGGAGGGUCCAACGUUCGAGCGAGUCGAGCUUAGGUCAAAAGUAUGAACAGCAAUAAGUAGAAAGACACAGACAGAGAAAGAAGAGAACGUUGACAGACGUCAUUGCGAGGCAGAUCGACGAGUGACUUGCACGACGCGACGUCGCUACUUUCCGCGAGGGGAAAGGAGGGAAAGGAAGAGAGAGAGAGCGAGAAAAGGAGCGCAGAAAUAGGCGAAGAAGACUGGAGGGAAAAAAGGUGACUAGGAUCAUGUCGCACGCGCGUCUACGGAACGCCGUCAUCGCCGGCAGCUGGCCGACGAGGACGACAACGAGAACGACGGCGACGACGGCGUGGCGACAAAACGCCGUCACAAGCGGCAGCGACGGCGCCGGCGGCGGGGCACUGAUUGGGCGAGAGGGGGUAGUGGACAUGGUAACAGCUAGUAGGCGCCGUGGCGGGCCGGCGCGGUCCUCCACCACGUCGAUGUCGCUGUUCCAGCCGGUUAUUCCGUGUCGCGGCAUGGCGGCGAGCGCAGCGGCGGCCGGCGAUUGCCGGAAGGUCCUCACCGAGGACAACGUCUUCAUAAACCUGCGCAGGAUGGAGUACGCGGUGCGCGGCCCGCUGCUCCUCAGGGCGCUGGAGAUCGAGAAGGAGCUGCAAAAGGGCGUCAAGAAACCCUUCAAGGAAGUGAUCAAGGCCAAUGUGGGUGACGCUCACGCGAUGGGCCAGCAGCCCAUCACGUUCCUGCGACAAGUACUGACCUUAACGGUCGCGCCGAACCUUUUGGACGAUCCAAGCUACCCGGAGGAUGCGAAGGAUCGCGCCCGCACUGUUCUCCAGGGCUGCAAGGGCGGCAGCGUUGGCUCGUAUUCGGAAUCCGCUGGCAUCGAGUGCAUCCGCAAGCACGUCGCGCAAUACAUUCAGGAACGCGACGGAGGUAUCCCAUGCGAUUAUCACAACAUCAUCCUGUCGAACGGCGCUUCCGACGGUAUCAAGUCAUUCCUGAAAUUAUUUAAUGAAAAGAUUGACGGCAAACCGUCUGGCGUGCUGAUUCCCAUCCCGCAGUAUCCUCUGUACUCGGCGACUCUGGCGGAGUUUGGUCUCGAGCAGAUCGGCUACUAUCUCGACGAGGACAAUAAGUGGUCGCUGGAGGUCAGUGAGCUGGAACGCGCGCUGAAGGAGUGCAAGGGCAAGUGCAUGCCUCGCGUUCUGGUGGUGAUCAACCCCGGUAAUCCGACCGGCCAGGUGCUGACUCGCACCAACAUCGAAAACGUCAUCCGCUUCGCUCAGAAGAAUCACCUGUUUCUGCUUGCCGACGAGGUCUAUCAGGAUAACAUAUACGACAAGGAGAGCGCGUUCCACUCGUUCAAGAAAGUCAUGACGGAAAUGGGCGAGCCGUAUUCAAGGAUGGAACUCGCGUCGUUUAUGUCCAUUUCGAAAGGAUACAUGGGCGAGUGCGGAAUCCGUGGCGGUUACGCCGAGAUCAUCAACAUGGACCCGGAGGUGAUGAAGGUGCUGCUCAAGUCGAUCUCCGCGAUGCUGUGCCCCACUGUGCUUGGCCAGGUCGUGAUGGAUGUCGUGGUGAACCCGCCGAAACCAAACGAGCCGUCGUACGCGCUGUUUCAGAAGGAAAAGAAGGAAACGCUGCGCUCCUUGGCGGAGAGGUCGCAACUCGUCGUCGAUACUCUCAACAGUAUUCCGGGAUUUAAGGCGAACCCACCGAUGGGGGCGAUGUACGUGUUCCCACGAUUCCAACUUCCACCGAAAGCGAUCGAGGCGGCGCGUGCGAAGAGCCAGGAGCCAGAUGUGUUCUACGCGUUCAAAUUACUAGAGAGCACGGGAAUCUGCGUGAUUCCCGGCUCGGGUUUUGGCCAGAUACCCGGCACGUAUCACUUCCGGACCACCAUACUGCCACAGAAAGAGAAAAUCAAGAUGAUGCUCGGGGCGUUGAAGCAAUUCCACAUCAAAUUCCUGGAGGAGUACAGCUAGAUUUCUCUAGACCAGUGGAUUAUAUGAGAUUAAACGAAGAAUACCGAAAUGAUUGAACGAGGACGCCUGUUUGGCAUGAUCAACGUGCAUAUCUGCAUGAAGACGAGGUUUCGAUCCGCAUGCGUCGCAAAUGCGAAAUAUUUUUAUUACUAUUAAUAUUCGCUGCUAAAAGCCAUUGCAUUGUCGUGGCGUUGUUAUCGAAUUGUAUAGAAAUGUGGCGAAAAUGUUUUAAAUCUUGUUGUAUGUAAAUGUAAAUCUUGUUGUUUUACCAAGGGCUCACAAGUACUUCUGUAAAUAAUGAUUAUGCCGAAAUCAAUGUUAA